ACAGACGACAACCGAUCAUGUUUCAUUCCACUGCCACCAGGUUGAAUGACAGCCAUGCCCAUUAAGCCGGCGACGUUUUUUAAUUGUUCAUGCAACAAGUCCAUUGAACCUGAACCAUCCUAUGUGGAGUUGUGUACUUGAUUUUUCCGUAUGGCGAUCGUUUGUAACCUUGAGUAACCCUGCCAACAGGAAGCGGGUGGUAAAGAGAUGCCUUCCUGCUGCCAGCAUCUGUGUCGAGAGUUCGAGCUGAGGAACCUUGGCUUCGGAGGAGUGCACCCGAACACAUUCACGCGCUUCCACUUCCCAUGGCCUCCCGUGUUGUACGUGGUGUACCGAGUGGUCCUCGCCCUGUAUGCCUUGUUCUGGCUGCUGGCUACCGGAAUGGAGUUCACGGCCAUUACAGCCAAAAAUGACCGGAUCCACGCCUGGCCCGUGUACCUGUCUCACUGGGCCUACGUGGUACUCACUCUCUACUUGCUCUUGUACGCAGUGGCCGUGUCCUUCCACGUGUGUCGCCGACCUAAAUUCUACUGGAGAGUUCCAUCGAGUGAUAGUGAAACGCACACCCCGCAAGAAACUUUUUCUGCAGAAAUGAUCAACUCGGAUAAAGGUUGUUCCGAACUGAGGAAUACAGAACAUCCUCUUAGUUUUAUCAGCCUUCAUCUCCUAGACGGAAAACAUUGCAGUGGUACUUUCAAAAUCACGUGGGCCCUGUACGUUGUGGCCACUGACGCCGCGGCUUUAGUCAUGCUGGUUUUCUUCGUAUUCCUGUGGCCGAGGUUGAGUAAGGAGGAAGGUAUUAGCAACAUGAACCUUCAGACCCACGCCAUCAAUUUCGUUAUAGUCGGCCUAGAUCAUGUGCUUGGUUCGAUACCAGUACGACUGAUGCAUGUUGUGUACAGUGUGAUUCUGGGUCUGUUGUACCUAACAUUUACCCUGGUUCUCUACUGGACCGGUGACGUCAGACCCGUCUAUCCAUUCAUCUUAGACUGGGCACACAAUUGGCAGACGUCACUCGUGACGUCAGCAUUAUUGACGUUUUUAGGCGUGCCUCUCAUACAUACGUUUUUCUUUAUCAUGUUUAAGUUAAAGGAAUGUAUUAGUGACAGAGUGAAACAUUACCUCGCCGAGAGAGAACGUCGUAAACGAGUCAGCAAAGAACCCGUUACAGUGUUGUAGUGUUACUUAAACAACCACGCAUCGUAUACUGUAGGGGCCGCGGUGGCCGAGUGGUUAAGGUGUCCCGACACUUUAUCACUAGCCCUCCACUUCCGGGUUGCGAGUUCGAAACCUACGUACGUGGGGCAGUUGCCAGGUACUGACCGUAGGCCGGUGGUUUUUCUCCGGGUACUCCGGCUUUCCUCCAUCUCUAAAACCUGGCACGUCCUUAUAUAAGCCUGGCUGUUAAUAGGACGUUAAUCAAAAACAAACAAACAAAGUACACUGUAACAAGUUACCGUGUAGAAGUGUCAUUGAAACAACCACGCAUGAUAUGCCGUGGCACGGGAAGGAUGUCAUAAUUAAAUAUCUAGGCAAAAUUAUUUCUGCCUAGGCAAAAAUCGAAUAUUGCUUAGGCAAAAAUAUUUCUGCCUAGGCAAUAUUCGAUUUUUGCCUAGGCAAAAAUAAUUUUGUUUCGAUUAUUGCCUAGUAACAAGUUUCAGAGUGAAAUCAGGAUUUUUUCUCUUUUUGAUUACCGGAAAAGUUAUGUGGAACUGUUAUAUCGUGUUACGUGUUCCUUGCUUGAGUGAAUCCAUUUCAAGGAAGCGUUUAAGAUGAUUAUUCACAUACCUCAUAUCAUAUACGAAUGUUAAACCAGGACUUCAUUCAUGUCCGAUCGUUUAACCGGAUAUUCCAGUUAUGUAAUAUUGUCUUGACGCAGUGCCUAUUACCUGACCAGUAAUAGAAAUUUUGUGGUUUACACGUGCAUUGUAGAAAAUAUAUGAAUUACACGUGCCUUAAUAAACUGGACACGAUUUAUAAUUUGUGUUUUAAUUGCAGUUACUCCCCCUAGUUCACAGUCUCUAGAAAACCUUACAUCCCAGUGAAUUCUCGUAAUUUAACUUUUCAAAAUCACAAAACACUUUCGUGAUGAAGCGUGGGCAACAAGACGUAUUGAUCAAACACAAGGAGGACAAGAUGAAGAACAAAUUUAUCACCCGUUGUUGGGGAUGAGACCGGUAUAUUAUGAGUCGCCGAGAAAACUUCUAGAGCUAGUAACAUGAAGAAAUCGUUCAUUUCUAAUAGUUUAGUUUGCUGUAUCACUUACUGUACAACAGACGUUCAUUAAGUUAAAAAAAAUAAUGAACAGUGAACUGACAAACCUCUAGUUUGAAAUGUUACAUUUUUCUAUUUAUCUUUUAAAACGAAAAAAAAACCAAAUCCUGCCGACAUGCACAUUAACGCCAGUUUGGGUUAAUUAUCAAGUAUAGUUAACAAACCACUCGCAUUGCUUCUGGGAAGUUCUACGGGGUAUAGGUGAUAGUGGACAGACUGACAGGUUCGUAAUGAAGUUCUGCUCGAAGUUACACUUGUUACCGUGCUGACAAAUCACAGACACUGUAACUAAAUAUUACCUCAUCGAACCACAAUAAAUGAUUUUACAAGUG